CAAGGGUUUGUCAUUCAUCCACCGACACACUCUCGUAUCUGUUCGGACUAAACGUGGCCUCAUGAUUCUCGCCGGAGCCUUUUACCCUUUUCUCUCAUUGCUCUCCCACAGAUUUGCCAGAGUGGAUUGUUGAUAGUUUAUUAUCUGGAAGACGGUGGUCGCAGGAUGGACGCGGAGCUGGGUGCUGACAGCGCCCGCAGAAAGAUGGAGGCAGCGGGCGAGGCGCUGGAGAUCGUGCCGCUGGAAAUGUAUGAUUCAGCCCGAGCCAAAAUAGCGGCUAAUCUUCGAUGGCUGUUUGCCAAAGCCUUCGGUAUCGAUCACAUCCCAGAGGACCUGCGAGACCCCUUCUACACAGACCAGUAUGAGCAGGAGCACAUUAAGCCCCCUGUGAUCCGGUUGCUGCUGUCCUGUGAGCUGUACUGUCGCGUGUGUGGCCUCAUUCUCAAAGGAGACCAGGUGGCCUCUCUGCAGUCCCACCUGUCAGUCAUCCAGGCCUUGUCUCGCAAAGGCAUCUAUGUCAUGGAGGGUGAUGACACGCCUGUCACCGACUCAGAUCUGACCUGCCAGCCAAUUAAAAUGAGUUCUCACAUCCCCAUGAUUGAUGCUUUGAUGAUGGCCUACACUGUGGAGAUGAUCAGCAUUGAGAAGGUUGUGACCUGCGUGAAGCGUUUCUCCACAUUCAGUGCCUCCAAGGAGCUUCCCUUUGACCUUGAGGAUGCUAUGGUCUUCUGGAUCAACAAGGUGAACCUGAAAAUGAGGGAGAUCUCAGAGCGGGAACACAAAUCAAAGCAGCAUCUGCUGGAAUCCCCAAGUCAUCAGAAGUCUCCCUCAAAAUGGUAUUGGAAACUAGUACCUGUAAGUUGGCUGUGAGUGCUUCCUCUCCACUGCACGAGUAGUAUGUGUCAAUCCCAACGUACACCAUCACCACUCAGGCCACGCUUAUAUCUUAUCAGUGCACACUGGGAGACGCUUCUGUCCAGUGGCUCACGCUGUAAUCGCACAAAAUGAUCUGCCUUUCACCCUUUGAGC